CUUGGCCACUGAUUCAGAAGGAGCACCCUCUGCCUCGGCUGCCUCUACCUCGGCCGCCACUGAAACUGCGGGAUCAACCACUGCUCCCACACCCCCAUCAACUUCUGUAUCUAUGGACGCUGAUGUGGAAAGUUUGCAUUCCGCACAAUGGGUAAAUGCUGGGACUCCAGAGGUAUUUUAUAGAAGGUCACGUUUGGAACAACCAAACAGGAAUUCAUUCAAUGACUUUUUAAUUGAUGAUUCUGAUGAGGAGGAAGAGGGCGAGGACGAGGCUUUUGGGACUUUGGAAAGUUAUGUCUUUCCCGUGGAAGAAGUGGAUCUGGCCGUCCUUUUAAGUGACUUCAGAAAGGAAUUCGUUUCUGAUGGCCUAGUCAGUAAUAUCUGCAUCAGGAGGAAGAAACUUCUUGAGAGUGCAAUAAAAGCCAUCUCAAGGGUUACAUUCUGCUGGAACAAUUCCCCCUACAUAGAAUUUGUAGGAGAAGAUGGAGAUGACAUGGGUGGACCACAGAGAGAGUUUUUCAGACUCUUGAUGAUAGAAGUACAAACAACCAUGGGAAUAUUCGAGGGAAAGGCUGGUCAGGUCUUCCUUACCUAUGACCAAGCGGCAUUAGAUGGCCACAAGUAUUUCCAAGCAGGCCGCCUAAUUGCGUGGUCAGUGGCACACGGAGGUCCGUGUAUCAAAGCCCUGGAUCCCAGCCUGUACCAGCUGAUGUGCGGCCAGGAGGCUCAACUGGAGCAAUUUGACUGCAGUGUGCUGCCUGAUCCGGAUGUUCAAAGCAGAGCAAAAAGGAUCCUACAGUGCAAGACUGCAGAGGACCUGUCUGCCCUCCAGCAAGACUUGGGGGACUGGAUCUCUGAGUGUGGCAUCCCUGGCAUCUUCAGUGCCACUAUCGGAGAAAUUCCGAAGAUUUAUUCCUAUGUAGUUAAGCACUACAUAUUUCUCAGAACGGCCAAGAUGGUGAACCAAUUCACGGAGGGCAUGAAUGCUUUUGGGAACCUGUGGGACCUGGUCAGGAACAACUGGAUUGCCUUCCUUCCCUGCUUCACCAACAUGAGGACCCCGCUGACAAAAUCCUCCUUUAAGGCCAUAUUAAAAUAUGAAUACAGUCCAAGAGGAACAAAUCACCGGGAAAAAGAGGAGGACACGAUAUACAGCUGGGAGUUGGUCCUAAACCUCAUCGAAGACAAACUGACUGAACUGACAUUUGAGGACCUGCUGAUUUUCAUCACUGGGGCAGAUGAAGUUCCAACGCUUGGCUUUCCAAACAAGCCCUCCAUUGACUUUUAUACACAGGAGGCCGGUGUGCGUCGUUUGCCAUAUGCCUCAACCUGUGCUAUGACGUUGUUCCUACCAAGAGGCAUCACAGAGGAACAAGAGCUUCACAACAUACUGAACCAGUCAGUGAAAGACUCGUUGGGCUUUUUAAAGGUCUAGAAAAAUAGACAAGGAGGAAGAGAGGAGGAGGAUUGGGAGGGUGUGCAGAGUAUGACGAUAAGAUGAGGGAGAAAGUAUUACUGCAAUUUUGCACUGGGUGAAAUUUGACAUUAUUGCCAUAAAUAUGGAAACUGCGUUCAGGAAGUGCACUAAUGAUACCUCAAUUGUUGCUUUGUUCUCGACGGUUCAUUUUUGACUCCCUACUUAUAAAUGCUCUGAUGUUAAUACCAUUUAUUUGUUGUUUUUAUUUGUUCAUAAACUUAAGUCAUUCUACAAGUUGCAGUUUUAUGGGCGUUCAAGUGGCAAACAAUUUCUUGUCCUGUGAGCAGUAACUUCUAACUUGGCCCUGUUUUAAGAGGGACCUUGUAUUAGCGUGGUUCGGAAGCUCAGAAUUGUGUUCCAUUCCUUUGAUUUGUUAAGUACUUCAAACAUGAUAUGUAUGUUGACAUAUGCUGUAAAUCCACCUAUAGGAAUAAUAAAUCUGAUUUUACAUUUACUUGGUGCUAUGAUUUAAAUGACAUUUAACAAAAUGAAGAUAACAAAUUACUUGCAAAUUCAAGUAACACAUUACAUAAAAGGAGAGAUGUUGAGUAAAAGAACAUUAGUAAUUUCUUCUAGAAUUUAAACACAUAAUAUGGGAGGUGUGUGGCGCAGUGGUUUAAUGCGCUGAUCUUCAAAUCAGAAGAUAGCAAGUUCGAGUCCCACUGCAGUCAGCAUGUCGUUGUGUCCCUGAGACACUUCACCCACAGUAUUGAGUAUGUAAGUCGCUUUGGAUAAAAGCGUCUAACAAGUAACAUGUGUUAAAAGUAUUAUUUACUGAACCAAAAAGUCAUUUUUCUAGUGUGUAUUUUCAGUGGUGUUACCCAGUGUAGUUGGGGAGAACGGUAUUGGAAAUAGAAGAGGAGAGGAGGGAGAUAGAAGCAGGGGAGGAGUGUGGAUGGUCAUUGUAGCUCUCUUCACGACACAGACACAGGUCGGUUCUUUGAAACGGGCGUUUAUUCUUGGAGUUAUAU